CAGGGUCACCCGUUGAGCUGCACACACUCAGUGAGUCUCGGUUCAGACAUCGCACACACAAACAGCAAUCAUGUCCAGUGGAGAUAAGGCCAAGAGCUCUUCCCAGACUGACGGCAAGGCCACUCAGGGCAAGAAGUCUGAGAUGGGAAUGAUGUCCUACAAGAUGUACGUGUUCGACCAGGAGAACUUCCAGGGUCGCAUGAUCGAGAUCACCAACGAGUGCAUGAAUGUGUGUGAGAUGGGCAUGGACCGUGUGCGCUCCCUGCGUGUUGAGUGUGGACCCUUUGUGGGAUUUGAGCAGAUGAACUUCUGCGGCGAGAUGUACAUCCUGGAGAAGGGAGAGUAUCCUCGCUGGGACUCCUGGAGCAACUGCCAGAGGAACGACUACCUGCUGUCCUUCAGGCCCGUCAGGAUGGACCCUGAGAAGCACAAGAUCUGCCUGUACGAGGUGGGAGAGUUCAAGGGCCGCAAGAUGGAGAUCAUGGACGACGACGUCCCCAGCCUGUUCUCCUACGGCUUCACAGACAGAGUGGGCAGCGUGAUCGUCAGCUGUGGAACCUGGGUGGGAUACCAGUUCCCUGGAUACCGUGGCAGUCAGUUCCUGCUGGAGAAGGGCGACUACAGGCACUUCAACGAGUACGGCGCCCGCUGCCCCCAGUUCCAGUCCGUGAGGCGUAUCCGCGACAUGCAGUGGCACCCACACGGCUGCUACACCAUGGCCAGCAAGUGAGGCUCGGGGAAGGAGAGGAAGAGGAAGAGCGGAAGUGAGGGAGAGGGGCGGAGGAAGAGGGAGAGGGGGAGAGACACCUGAGGUCUUUAUCUAACACGGAGCGAGGGUGAGGAUCAUCUCUAGACACCCACCCAGACUACAGACGAGACCGCAGAACGACCAGCCGGACCACCCUCCACCCCUCAUCUUUCUCUUCUUGCCCUCUGAGCUGAGCUUUGCUGUUUCCUCCUCCCCCUCUCCAUUUUCUCCCCUUUUUUAAACCCCUCCCUUCACACCCCUCCACAGUCCACGGAGACCCCAAAAAGGAAGCAACGAUACCUCUUGUUGUUUUACACACACACGAUUCUCGGCUCAGGGUUAUGAUGCACCAUGGGAAACUGAGUUCCCGGAGCUCCCUACGUCCUCCUGCCCCUGUGCUUUACAUCCCUCUCUGCUGUACAGAAUCCUGGCCAAGUUUUCAAUAAAAAGACGAAUCUUGAUUUCAAA